CCGCCGAGGACGAUGUGGAGUCAAGUCGCGGCGAGCAAGGCUUGAGGGAGGCGGUGGCGGCUUCCGCAACGAGCAAAGAGUAGUUGAUAUAGUACUCUACUCUCCGGAGUCCAGAAGGCUAACAUGCUACCAGACUCUAAAAAGCUUGGGGAGAGGGAUCCCAAAGAAGACCCAUCUGUCACUCUCUUCCGGGAAUAUCUGAGAAUCAAGACAGUCCAGCCUCAGCCUGAUUAUGAAACAGCAGUAAAAUUCCUGGAAAGAAUAGCUUCUGAACUCGAUCUACAGUGUCUGAAAGUGGAGGUCUGCCCUGACCGUGUGAUCACCAUUCUGACUUGGAAAGGCACAAACCCACAACUCCGCUCCAUCUUACUGAAUUCCCAUACAGACGUUGUACCCGUGUUUGAGAAAUAUUGGCAGCAUGAUCCUUUUUUGGCUUUCAAAGACUCUGAGGGAAAUAUCUAUGGACGGGGAGCUCAAGAUAUGAAAUGUGUAUCUAUCCAAUACCUAGAAGCCAUACGGAGGCUGAAAGCUGAAGGAAGACAUUUUCCACGAACCAUUCAUAUGAGCUUUGUCCCAGAUGAAGAGGUUGGGGGCCACAAAGGGAUGGAAUUGUUUGUGAAGACUCCUGAAUUUGCAGCACUUAAUGUUGGCUUUGCCCUGGAUGAAGGUCUGGCAAACCCAACCGACACUUUCACUGUAUUCUAUGGCGAGAAAUGCCCAUGGUGGAUUAAAGUGAAAGUAGAAGGAAAUCCGGGACAUGGAUCCAGAUUCAUUGAGAAUACAGCUGCUGAAAAGAUGCACAGAGUGAUCACUUCUUUCCUAGAAUUCAGAGAACAUGAAAAACAAAGAUUGAAAAAUGAGGGACAUCUCACUUUAGGAGAUGUAACAUCUGUGAACCUGACCAUGUUGAAUGGAGGAGUAUCAUUCAAUGUGGUCCCCUCUGAGCUCUCUGUUGCCUUUGACAUCCGGCUCCCUCCAACACAGGAUUUAAAGGCAUUUGAGGAGCAACUCAAAUCUUGGUGCAAAGCAGCUGGAGAAGGUGUUACAUAUGAGUUCCAGCAGAAAUGCAUGGAUCAGACGGUUACCUCCACAGAGGAAUCGGAUCCCUGGUGGAAGGCAUUCAGUGACACCUGCAAAGACAUGAAUAUGAAGCUGAAGUGUGAGAUCUUCCCUGCUGCCACUGACAGCCGCUACAUCAGAGCAGCAGGUCACCCUGCAAUUGGCUUUUCCCCCAUGAACUACACGCCUGUGCUGCUGCAUGACCACAACGAAUUCCUGAAUGAGCGGGUCUUCCUUCAUGGGAUUGAGAUCUAUGCUCACCUCAUCCCAGCACUGGCCAGUGUCCCUCCUCUGCAAGCAGAAGUCUGAGAUCCUAGCAGAUUUGGGCAGUGAUUUGGGCUGUGUAGUGGUGGUGAUGGGGGGGUUGGGGUUGGGGAGAAAAACCAAAGAAAUUGAGAAAGGACACUAUGAUAUUGUGACUGAGGGCUUAUGGUGCUUGAUAAUCUGUGUUUUGCCAAGAGGAAGUGGAAUUCCAGCAUCCCUGGAUGUUACACAAGGGACAAAACAAUCUGGCAGCAUCAGUUAAUGCAACCAUAUGUAAAUUAGGGUCUUGUUAAUGUCAAUGACUUUUUCUCUGCUGCAUACUAAUGAACACAGAGACCCUUCUUUUCACAAUUCCAGAUGGAAAAACCAUGUCCUUUUUUUUCUACUAACAAUUUCUCUAUUUGGAGAUAAAAGGAUAGUCUUCAUGGCUUCUAAAUCAGCAAAUUCUAAAUACUAGCUUCUCACUACUGAAAUGCAAUUGAACAGGAAAACGUUAUUGUCAUAUUAAUUGUCUUCCUGUUACUACCAUACUGUUUUGCUGUGUGGUUUUUUUUUUUAAAAGAAAAAGAACAUCAUUUACAUUGGUAAAUCUAAGGCAAAAUAGAGAUGAAGACCCUGAAAUCUUGAGAAGUUGGGGUCAGAUGAGAGUGCUAUUUAGGCUGAUGGGGUUGAUGUGGAGUUAUUCUUUUUUCUUUUACUUUGUCUAGCAUGCCUAAUACUAUGGAAGACCAUCUCAGCACUUAUAAUAUUGAGCAAUUUUUCUUAGUUUCCCUAUUUGUAAAGGAGAAUCAGUUAUGGCACUUACCCUUUGCUUCAUGAGUUCUUUCAGAGGCAAAAAUGUUUUGAAAGUAAAUGAAAGGGAAUUUAGCAAUAGCACUUUGACUUAUAUAUUGUUUCACAGUGCUGUACAGCCCUCUCUAAGCAGUUUACAGUGUCAGAAUAUUGCCCCCAACAAUCUGGGUCCUCAUUUUACCCACCUCGGAAGGAUGGAAGGCUGAGCCAGUGAGAACAGUCGGCGGAAUUAGCCUGUAUUCUAACCACUGCGCCACCAUGGCUCUUUUUAUUAAAUAAAGUUUAAUUACAGUGAGAGACCAAGAUCUUGAAGGAGGAGUUAAGAAUUAAUACAACUUGCUUAGGAACUUUCUUCCCUACUCUAUUAUCUUAUCCCACAGGAAGAUGGGGAUGUCCCUGAAUUUUUGCUCCUUGAUUUUUACUCCAUACUCACUAGCAGUAUGGCUGACUGCCUUAAUUAUCUACUGAACCUGUAUUCAACUAAUUAUAAAUGAAUGCCAUUUGGAUUUUUUGAAUGCCAAACGUCUAAGGGUAAAAUGGAGACGAUCAAUAGCCUGGAUGACUUUUCUCCCAAGAAUACCUUGGGGAUGGCACUAUAUCAGAAUAGUGCAUCCUUUCCUUUGAGGCAUUCUUUUCCAAAUUUUAACUGGAAUUCUGCUGAAAUAUUGAAGUAAACUGAAAUCAUCAGUAAAGGAACUGUAUAUGGUUUAAGAUAAGGAGAAACAUUCAGCCACAUUUCCUUGAAUAGAUGCCAUUCUGUAAAGAAUUUGUUAACAUACACCUGCCUCUUGAAUGUUAGCUAUGUUUCCCCCGUUCACAGCAUUAGCAAAAGUCAAACCAUCCCACGAAAGGGGUAUUUUUCCCAGUUUUAUACAAGAUAAUUGGUUCAGGCUGGAAAGCGAGAGAAGUUCUCCAGAUAUCAUAUAUGACAUGCUUCAUCCAACUUGUCAUUGGCAACAAAACCUGAAUUUCUUCCAGAAUGAUUAUUUUUGACAUACUGCUGUAACGCAAGAUCAUCCCACUGUAUUUACACUGUCAGGUACACUUUCUCUUUUUAAUAUUGGAUAACAUCUGUUAGAAACUUCACUCAUACUGUCUGGUGUCAUAGAGCAACACAUACUUAGGGAAUAUGGAAAUUUCCCCCCUUUAUUAGUAGACUAUUAACUACAGGUGAUUUUUAAUAUGAAACUGAAGCACAGAUAACAACACUGUGAUUUGUCUUAUUAUGUAUACAAUCAUAAUUUGUGAAAUUUACUGUGAAAAUAUAAAUGCUUUGUAAAGUCUUGUAUCCCAAAAUGUUCAGGAGUCAAAAUAUAGCUAAAUCAGGAUUCUUUCAAAAGCCUAGGGAAAAAGGCGAAUGUGUGCAUUUUUACAGUUCUGUAUAGUUUUGUACAAUCUUACUUGGUAGAAAGUCCCAUUGUGUUCUGUUGUGUUUUGGUAAACAUGCACUGAAUUUUUGCAUAUAUGUAGAUGUGGAUAUUUUUUUAGAUGAACAUAUCUCCUUCGGGGAAAUGACACUUCCACAUAAGUCUAUGGUAUCAAAAUUUUGUCUAGUUUUGCUUUUUGUUUGUUCUGUUUGCCAUGUUCCAGGAUGAACUGCUUCUCUUAGUUAAGUUUGGCUGAAAAGAGAAAUAAUAGAAAUAAUAUGUGGUUAUUAGAUUAAUAAUUGUAUAUUAGGAAGAUGAGCAGAAAGCUGCUUAUGGGCUUCCAAGAGGCUCUCAGUGCUCUUUGAUCCAAUGCAACCUAUUGGGGGAGGUAGCAGCAUCUUCUCUCACAUAAAUUUAAAUUGUCUGUGCCCACAUGAACAAAACGGUACAAUUCAUACCAUGGAUUAUAGCAACACUUUUGGCAAAGUUGGCAACUUUAAGAUGUGUGGACUUCAACUCCCAGAAUUCCCCAUGUUAAAUUUUUUUUUUGCCAAGAUUUCAAAAGUGGUUUGCCAUUGCCUGCUUUCAAGGGCUGAAGGAGAAUGAUCUGUCCAAGGACAUCCAACUGGCUGGCUUCCUCUGUUUUUUUUCCUCAGCAGGCUGUGAAUGACCACAUAUGAGAGUUUAAAAAGAACUUCUGGUCUUUUAAAAUCAGGUGUUCUUUGCUGUCCUUCCUAUCUAAACCUGGAUAGAAAUUUAUUCAGUCUUGGAAAUGUUUUUUUUUUCCAGUUUAUAUAGAGGUGAUUUUAAGAAACAAAUAGAAUUAAUAAUUCAAAACUUGCUCAAA